AUGGGCAAGCAACGCAAAGGCGGCCUUCCAUACUUGAAGACAUCGUUAAAGUUCAACUGGGAUUCUGGACGAGGAGUUUCGGCCGCUGAGCAGCAGAAGUUGAUUUCUGAUAUUUUCGACGAUCUACAGGAAAAUGGAUGUCGCUGCGAUACUGAGCCUUCCUGUGGCGAUCAGAUGUCUACUUUUAUCAAUGACCAUGCAGGAUUUGGACUUCAAGCUUGUCUCGAUCUUGUCAAGGUGGAGCCUACUGCUGUCGUACUGCUGGACUCAGGUUGUCCUCGUCCCAGCGCAGUAGCAAAUACACUCGGGCUCUAUUUCAACAACUAUUCUAGAUCAGUCCUGACUUAUUGCCUGCCAGGAAUCGAAGAGAUGAUCUGGAAUCGACUUAACAGAAAGUCCAAUUCAGUUGUGUUGAGGAAAUGUCCAGGAGAGCUGAGAACCUGUUUAGAAUCAACUUUUACUACAGUGUGUGUACAGGCCGGAAGAUUCGGUGGUGGUUAUAGCCCCGUUUCAUUGAUUAAUUCUCAAGGAAAAGCGACGAAAGCAAGACAAUGA